AUAACGGGCGCGCGCUGCCGCCCGAGUGGAGGGGCUGGCCGUGCGUGGCCCGCAUGCCGCGUCUCUGAGGUUGCGUCUCGGGAGGUUUUGGCUGGUGGCGCUGCGGGGACCUCUCCACGGGAGAGGCACGGGUGGUCCGGUUUGCGCCGGCCGUGGGCUUCGGGCUGGGCGCGGGCUCUCGGGGGGCUCGGAGUAUCCCGGGUCACAGCUUUGCGGAGAGCUCCGGGCCAGAAGGCGGGACUCAAGCCUGUUCGGAGCUGCAACCAAAAACCUGGUUUCUCAUGAGCAACAUAUCAGCUGAGUGUUUUUUAAACUCAUUUGUCUGGCCUGACUGUUAAUAGCCCACAGGUCCUGCCUCCCAACACUAAGACUGUGCUGUGCAUGGAGAUGGCUGAGGACAGAUGUCUGUCAUGGAAGGAGACCUUCUGACCUGAUACCCAGAGCACAGGCUGCAGGGUCCUGGGAAAGGGUGGACUCUGGACCCGCAGAUCGUCUUGACCCAGCCUUGAAAUACCAGCAACAGCUGCAGGGCAUGGAGCGCUUGUCCCAGAUGGCAGGAAGAAGAGCUUGGUGUGCCGAGGAUUCUGUACCUCGCCAGGAAGAAGAAGACAGGACCAGGCCUUCAAAAACAGUGACAUUCAAGGAUGUGGCUGUGGACCUCACACAGGAGGAAUGGCAGCAAAUGAAGCCUGCUCAGAGGGCUUUGUACCGAGAUGUGAUGCUGGAGACCUACAGCAACCUAGUAACCGUGGGUUGUCAAGUCACCAAACCAGAUGUGAUCUUCAAGUUGGAACAAGCAGAGGAGCCAUGGGUACUGGAGGAAGAGAUGUUUUGGAGACGCUCUCCAGAAGCCGCAAGAGGAAGAAUGAAGAGUUUUGCCUUUAAGGACAUGGCCAAGGAUCUGAGGUUCGAGGAUGUGGUCAUUUACUUCUCUCUGGAGGAGUGGGAGUGCUUGCGCCAUUCCCACAGGAAUCUGUACCGAGCUGUGAUGUUGGAUAACUACAGCAACCUGCUGUCACUGAGUCUUGCUGAUACUAAGCCACGGGUGGUCUCCCUUCUAGAACAGGGCAAAGAGCCCUGGAUGGUUAUGAGGAAUGAGACAAAAAUUUGGCAUCCUGAUUGGGUGUCUAGGACAGAAGCCAAGGACAGUUCCAAAAUUAAAACAUUGCAAGAAAAGAUGGCAAAAAAACACACAUGCCCCACUCUUGAGGACAGCAAGACCAGAGGGGACAGAGAAGUCACACGUGAGCUGGAGGGUCAACAGGUCCAUCAGGAGGGACACUUGAGGCAAGCUGCAGUAACCUCUGUCGAGAGGCCUGAUUCUGUCCAGUGCACAGCCCAUAGGGAGGCUCACCCUGGAGGAAAACCCUGCAGCUCUGAGAAAAGUCAGAAAACGUCCCUGUGCCAGCCACCUCCCAUUGAACGUGAGCAACUUCACAGUAAGGCAAAGGCCAGUGAGCAUGCACAGCAUGGCAAGGUCUUUAAUAGCUGCACGUCAGACACGGCUGUGCAUCCGAGACCCCAGGAAAGCAGAAAAGACAGUGAGAGGAAGAAAAGUGCCCUUGCUGGUGGUCCUGACACCUCGAAACCUCAGAGCGCUCAGGGGAGUGAGAGGCCACAUAAGUGUAAGGAAUGCGGGAAGGCCUUCCACACUCCCUCCCAGCUCAGUCACCAUCAAAAGCUGCAUGUGGGUGAGAAGCCCUACAAGUGCCAAGAGUGUGGAAAGGCUUUCCCGUCUAACGCCCAGCUUAGUCUUCACCAUAGAGUUCACACUGAUGAGAAGUGCUUUGAAUGCAAGGAGUGCGGGAAAGCCUUCAUGCGCCCAUCACACCUGCUCCGGCACCAGCGCAUCCACACUGGGGAGAAGCCUCACAAGUGUAAGGAGUGCGGGAAGGCCUUCCGCUACGACACACAGCUCAGCCUGCACCUGCUCACGCAUGCUGGGGCACGGCGCUUUGAGUGUAAGGACUGUGACAAGGUGUAUAGCUGUGCCUCCCAGCUCGCUCUCCACCAGAUGUCACACACUGGGGAGAAGCCCCACAAGUGUAAGGAGUGUGGGAAAGGCUUCAUCUCUGACUCACACCUUCUUCGCCAUCAGAGUGUUCACACUGGCGAGACGCCCUAUAAGUGUAAGGAGUGUGGCAAAGGCUUCCGUCGUGGUUCAGAACUUGCCCGGCAUCAGAGAGCCCAUUCUGGCGAUAAACCCUACAAGUGUAAGGAAUGUGGAAAGUCCUUCACUUGCACCACAGAGCUCUUUAGACAUCAGAAAGUUCACACUGGUGAUAGACCCCACAAAUGUAAGGAGUGUGGGAAGGCCUUCAUCCGAAGAUCAGAGCUGACACAUCAUGAAAGAAGCCACAGCGGUGAGAAACCCUAUGAGUGCAAAGAGUGUGGAAAGACCUUCGGCCGAGGCUCAGAGCUCAGUCGACACCAGAAAAUCCACACCGGUGAGAAGCCCUAUAAGUGCCAGCAAUGUGGGAAGGCCUUUAUUCGUGGCUCUCACCUUACCCAACAUCAGAGGAUUCAUACAGGACGGAGGAGUGAAUGAGUUGCCAUCAGAAAAUCCAUACAGUUUAAAAACCCUGUGGUGGAUAACAAUGUGGGAAGACAACGAGAUACAGGGUUUCUCAUUGGUGCUAGAAUUCAUACUCAAAAGACCCGUUAGGUCCAGAAGUGAUGGAACACGUGUUACAAGAAAGAAACCUUAUAACUCCAGAAAUUGGAGGGGGCUACUUGUUUCAGAAUUUAUCAUAAGGCUUUUGUUGAUGAAAAACUCUUAAGUUCCAUGAAUGUAAAGGAAGGAGGAAUGCCUCUCAGUGGCCUGGAGCCAAACAAGCAGGCCUCGGGAUUCAUAGCAGGGACAAGCUGAGGAGGGCAGUGUGUGUGUCCGAGAGAUUAGCAGUUGGAACCUUUCCACACCCACACCCGGGCCAGCCCUCCGAGGAGAGAAGUCAGUCGUUAUACUGCAUAAUCUCUGUGAUACCUCAGGCUGCACUUCUGCUAAAACACAGCACACUCGCCAUUCAUCCCACUCUACGCUCAUGGAAUGUUUGCUACUUUAUAAAGCCAUUUGGACUGCGGAGUGUGGAAAGGACAUGCUAACUUUUUACAUGUCCUCAUGAUUCAGGGCAGGUUAUUUACCAACUAUUCUUUUCUUCUGUGGGGUAGCAGUGUUAGCCCCGUGUUUCUAGUUACGCUUUGAGGUUGUGUGUAGAUUGUGGAAUAGCAUCCAGCUAGUAUCUAAAGUGUGCCAAGUGCAGCAGGCAUGCUGUUCCACGCAAUAUGAGCAUCUGAAGCCAAAGGUAGGAGGGAGGAUCACAAGUUGAGGCUAGCUUGGAGACUCUCUAGUAAAACAAACAAACAAACAAAAAUUAUAACAAAUAUAGCUGCUUUCUUUGUUAUUUUCAUAAUAGUGAACUUUUACAUAAACUUUAACAGUCUUAAAGAGGAAAGCCUUAUAUGUCCAGUAACUGGAGGGACAUCUUGCCUUGUCCCUUUGACUGUUACAGAAUUCUUAUGAAGAAAGACUUAAAGCUUUCGUUCUUAGUUUACCCUUCUGCUGGUCAGAAGCGUCAGAACUGGAAUGUGGUGAGGUCAGUAUGAGAAGGGGCUGGAGGAAUUGCUAAAGCCUCUGAGUGAGGAGUGGUGCUACACACAGCCUGUAAUCCCAGCCCUCGGGAGGGGAGCACAGGACAGGGAUUCAAGUCCAUCCUGGUCUACCUAGUUAGUUAGGGGGUAGCCUGGACAACAUGUGUUGCAGUCUCAGAACUUUCAUAAGCAAAAGCCAUGCCAUGGAUCUGUGCACUAGAGAACUGGAAAACAGUAAAGCUUUAGCUAAGACCCAAGCCUCCAUAGAGAGUGUUAAAUGCCUAUAUAAAGACAUCUAUAUCUAAAGGUCCAAUAGGUGUGGUAGCGCAUACCUUUUAUCCCAGCACUUGGGAGGCAGAGGCAGGCAGAUUUCUGAGUUCGAAGCCAGCUAGGGCUAUAUAGAGAAACCCUGUCUUGAAAAACCAAAAAAGAAAUUUGUACACUGUGACUGAAACUAUACUCUGAGAAAAAUGACCUUCCCUUCAUCUUUGUAAACAGUGGGGGUUGGAAGGUCUAGGACUCUGUAUUUAUUGUUUAUACAGUACUGUUACAGUGCCUAGUCCUGGUAAUUCCCAGUGAGUAUUCUAAGUAACAGAAGAGCAAAUAACUACUCAGCUCCAACAGAAAAGAAACUAACAAAAUUCAACUUGGCAAAACUAAACCUUGGAAUAGGUGAGACGCACACAGUGUUGUACAGGAGAUGAGGCUCUUAUGAAACAAGGCUUGAAUGAGCAGAGCAUAGGUUCUACCUGUCGACAGAUGUUAGCCAUGCUCCUGCAGUGUUAUGGCCCUGUGAUUGGUUCUGGCUGUGCCCUUGGUCUCAUGUGUGACUGACUGGGCAGUAGACCAUCAUGGGCUUAGUAACAAGAUCCAGGGGCAUGGUCUUCCCGGCUGCAGGGAGCACAUCUGUGCCACCAGGUGGUGCCUGCUUUCUGAGGCUGAGACUGCCAUAGAACACACAUUGUCACCGACAUUGUGGUGUCAUGGAACCAUGACCUCGCCUUCUCCUGGACCUACAGAAUAAGAAAUGCAGACACUGAAAAUUAAUACUCAACUCUUUACAGUAUACAUAACACUGAGAAAUUUAGCAUUUAAAAAUAUUUUUACUCAGAUGUAUUCAGCUUCAGGAACAUAUUUUAUGUUUGUAUUCUGCCUUUUAUAGUAUAUCUGACAAUGAAAAGCAUUAUUUUCCAAAUUAUUUUCUUAGCCAUAUUAUUGAAAUAUAUAUUCAACUUCAAUUUAGUAAGAUGUAGUAUAUUUUCUUAGAGUAUUUGAUAGUGUGUUUUUAUAUUCUGCUUUUAUAGUGUAUCUUAAAUCCUAGAAAAGUAUUUUCCUGAAUGAAGUUAGAGCCAAGGAGAAGCUGCUUAAGGAACUACACUCGUUCCCCUAACACUGAGCCACUUGACAGCUGAGACACCUUCUACCUCUUCAAUGUGGAAAAGGGCGGCAGCAUCUAAAGUCACGUCGGUUAGUUGCCAGUCCACGGCCUUAGAGGACUUUGUGAUUACAGCAGCGUGUAGUAUCAGCAGCCCAGUAAUUGAGCGGUGUGGUGCUUUGUGCAAAGGACUUUGGUUGAAGUGCUAAUGAGUGAGUGAGAGAGGACUCUGCAGUCACUGGAGACUAGCAGAGCCUGCUGUGAAGGUCCUUGUCCUUCCUCUUGGUCUGCUCUCUCCUGGAGCUCAUCUGCCCCGCCCUGCCCAUCAUCUCAAUGAGGAGGGAAAGCUGCUAAUUACUAAACAGGCUCCGGCAGAGCAGUUGUGACAGAGGUCAGGCAGCAUGUGGGCAUGGGUGCAACUUGUGUGGAGGCCAGGCCAGCGGUCAGGCUAAGGGGUCCUGCCUCAGGAGCCUUUGGCUUCAGUUUUCUGAUGCAGGGUCUCACAGGAGCUGGGAUUUACCAAUUAGGCUCAGCUAACUGGCCAGUGAACCCCAGGGAUCCACUUGCCUGUCUCCGUAGCACUGAAUUAAACGCAGGUGCACACAUCACCUGGCUUUAUUUUCGUGUGGGUUUUGGGGGUGUUUGGAGGUCAGGCCCUCGGCUUGCACAGCAGGUGCCUUACUGACUGGUCCAGCAUCCCACUGGCCAAAGACUUUUUAAAAGGCAGAAAUGAUAACUGAGUUUUAAUCUGCACUGGUAUAUUAAUAAACCUAUAUAGAAAUUUUAACUAUUCUUCUAAGAGGAGAACUUGCACAUUUUAUAGGAAUUAAAUAAAUAGAAGUUUUUUAGAGGGUGCUUUUAGUACUGAUUUCAGACUUGGAAGGAUAGCUUUUUAAUGUUCUGCUCCUAUAUACAUAUUUGUUAGACUUGACGGUCCUCUGACGAGUGUAUGCAUCAGGAUGCACCUCAAACCAAAAAUAUCCUACAGGGGUUUAUUUAGAGAAUGACAUGUGUACACUGUUAAGUGCUGAUAGUGGAUGCUGCAAUUCCGCUCUCUGGUUGAGAUGCACACGCAAGCUUAGACAUCUUGGUAACGGGUUGGGUGAGGAAGAGUGUAUUGAGUGGGAUUGUGCGCACACAGGGAUGCAGGCUCCUUUCCUCACGUGGUAAUGUCCUAAGGGGGGUGUUCUCGUCACUACUCACCGCUCUAACGAUCUCACCAUAGACAAGCCAUGUGUGUGCAGCCUCUUCUUCCCAGCAAAUGUUAGCUUCACCAUCAGCAAUGUGAGUUCGGGACACAAGCAUUACCUCAGGUUGCUGCCUGUUUCUAUAGGGCAGCUACUUUCCUGCCUUAGCAUAGUAGAAUUAAAAUGUACUUGGUGCUUUAUUGUUUCCAUGUGGAGCUCACCGCCAUCUCAGCAGGAACCAGUGUGUGUUUCUCAACUGUGUUAGCCAGGGCUGAAAAUGUGCCUUCUGUUUGCACUUCCUCGACUGCUAGGGAGGUGGAGCAUCUCCCUGGCCUGCAGGUCAUUUGAGCUUUGUUUCUGUGAAUUGUACAUUGCUAUCCGUCUCACUUUGUAGCACACCUAGGAGAUCAUAUUACACAUGGGCAAUUUGUUGUCUUCAUCUAGAAUAUGUCAUUUGCCCUUUUUCUGUCAAAAUACUUAGCCAGUGUUGUUUUAUGAAGGGCCAGACCGAGUAUUUCAGGUUGGGCUUUUAUGCAGCCUUUGCUGCGUAGAAGCCUCCUGUAUACGCCAGUGGUCCUCAGCCACUUCUGCCACAUCCCCAGGAGGCAUUUGCCAAUGUCCACAGGCAUUUUUUUGUCACUUUAAAAUGACUGCUGCUUAUGUCUAGUGGGCAGAGGCCAGAGAGGCUUCUCAGUGUCCUGGGGUGCACAGCACAGCCCCCCAAAAAUGAUGUCACACUCCAAAAUGUCAUUAGGUUUCUGGCCAGAACAGAAUGGGAUACCACUGUGUAGCAAUAAAACAUUCACAGAGACAAGCAGCUGGCCACAUCGAGCCUGCAAGUGUGCCUUCCCACCUGGUUUUAGUAGCAUUUAUCUGUAUUAUUAGUUUUGUUUCUGAAAUCUCUUUUACCUCAAGUAGUUUUCCAGCCCAUGUGUAACCCAUUAUUUCAGCCCAUUAUUUCUAAAGUGUGGGUUUGUGUUUGCUUGGUUUGGGUUGAGUUUUAUAAAAUAAAGUAAAUCAUUUCAGAAACGUA